AUGUUACGUACACAGGCGUUUGUAACUGUUCGAUCCUAUGUGAUGCAUAGGAAUGGCUCUACCAAGAUCAUAAACACAGUAACAAAGAAAAAUGUUGCGAAGGUGGAGAAAUUAUGCCAUGUUUUUCAAGUCGAUCAUAAUGAUGAUGGAGGAAAGAUACGCUUGCCGACUAAAGAGUUAACCAAACUGCUGUACACUACAAACCGGGAUUUGCAGGUCCAAGUAACUAUAAGUGGGGACACCAGUACGAAUAAUGAUUUUCGAACCAGCAAUGAGAUUCUACAAAAAUUAGGCGAGCAAUUAAUCAACCUGGAAAUCAACAAGUUGCUGACAAUAACGUUUACAAACUUUAAUCAGUUUAAUGUAAUGAACAAGAAUUUCAACUACAUUCACAAUUUGGAACGACGUCGAAUAGUGAAUUCAAGCUCCAUAAGUUGGCUAAUUAACGAUUCCUUGAAAAUCAAUCAACUGGCCCAUUUGCGAAUACCCGUUAAGCUACCCAAGGAAAUGGGACUGAAUUCCAGUUCAAAAGAUUUCCAGAACCUAAAUGAUUGGAAGGUGAUAUUAUCGUUUGUCGGUUAUCUGAAACUAUUAGACAAUAAGAACAAUAGCAAAAUGUUUGUUGAUUCAAUUAUAAAAAUUAUAUGUUUACCUCUGAUCAAUUUCCAUUUGGGUAAUUUAUAG